AUGUUCGUCAGGAAGCGCGAUGGACGCCAGGAGCGCGUGCAGUUUGACAAGAUCACUGCCCGUGUGUCGAGGCUUUGUUAUGGCCUCGACACUGAGCACGUUGAUCCUGUUGCCAUCACCCAGAAAGUCAUCUCCGGUGUCUACGGUGGUGUGACCACCAUUCAGCUCGACGAUCUUGCUGCCGAAACUGCGGCGUACAUGACUGUCACCCACCCCGACUACGCUAUCCUCGCGGCUCGCAUUGCCGUGUCCAACCUCCACAAACAGACAAAGAAGCAAUGGUCUUCUGUUGUCGCUGACCUCUAUCACUACGUCAACCCCAAGAACGACACGCCUUCGCCCAUGAUAUCGAAAGAAACAUACGACUGCGUCAUGCGUCACAGGGAGGAACUCGACUCCGCCAUCGUCUACGACCGUGAUUUCAACUACCAGUACUUUGGUUUCAAAACUCUCGAGCGUUCAUACCUCCUCAAGCUCAACGGCAAGAUCGUUGAGCGUCCCCAGCACAUGAUCAUGCGUGUGGCCGUCGGCAUCUGGGGUGACAACAUUGAGCGUGUCAUCGAGACAUACAAUCUCAUGUCCAACAAAUCAUUUACCCACGCCUCCCCUACCCUCUUCAAUGCCGGCACUCCUCAAGCACAACUGUCGUCCUGCUUCCUUGUUGAUAUCAAGGACGACAGCAUUGAUGGUAUCUACGACACUCUCAAGACUUGUGCCAUGAUCUCCAAGACUGCUGGUGGUAUCGGUCUGAACGUCCACCGCAUUCGUGCUACUGGCUCUUAUAUUGCUGGUACCAACGGAACCUCGAACGGUAUUGUUCCCAUGCUCCGUGUUUUCAACAACACCGCCCGCUACGUUGACCAGGGCGGAAACAAGCGUCCUGGUGCCUUCGCCAUCUACCUGGAGCCGUGGCACGCCGAUGUUUUCGAGUUUCUCGAUCUCCGAAAGAACCACGGCAAGGAGGAGGUCCGUGCCCGUGAUCUCUUCUUGGCUCUCUGGAUCCCCGAUCUCUUCAUGAAGCGUGUUGAAAAGAACGGCGACUGGACUCUCAUGUGCCCCAACGAGUGCCCAGGCCUGGCUGACUGCUACGGCGAGGAGUUUGAGGCCCUGUACGAGAAGUAUGAGCGGGAGGGCAAGGGCCGCAAGACCAUGCGUGCCCAGAAGCUCUGGUACUCGAUCCUCGAGGCCCAGACUGAGACUGGCAACCCUUUCAUGCUCUACAAGGAUGCUUGCAACCGCAAGAGCAACCAAAAGAACCUUGGUACCAUCCGCAGCUCAAAUCUCUGCACCGAGAUUGUCGAGUACUCCGCACCCGAUGAGGUUGCCGUCUGCAACUUGGCCUCUCUGGCCUUGCCUGCGUUCGUCGAUUACACUGAGGGCUGCUACGACUUCAACAAGCUGCACGAGACCACCCGUGUCGUCGUUCGCAACUUGAACAAGAUUAUCGACGUCAACUACUACCCCGUCAUCGAGGCCCGCAACAGCAAUAUGCGUCACCGUCCCAUUGGUCUCGGUGUUCAGGGCCUGGCCGAUGCUUUCCUUGCCUUGCGCAUGCCUUUCGAGUCUCCGGAGGCCCGUCAGCUCAACAAGCAGAUCUUCGAGACCAUCUACCACGCUGCCGUGACAGAGUCUGUGGAGCUCGCUAAGGAACAAGGCCCUUACCCUACCUUCAAGGGCUCGCCUGCCUCGGAGGGUAUCCUUCAGUUCGACAUGUGGAAUGUCACGCCCUCUGAUCUCUGGGAGUGGGACUCUCUCAAGGAGCAGGUCAAGGAACACGGUGUGCGCAACUCGCUUCUUGUCGCCCCCAUGCCAACCGCCAGUACCUCCCAGAUCCUGGGCAACAAUGAGUGCUUUGAGCCGUACACUUCCAACAUCUACUCACGCCGUGUCCUGGCUGGUGAGUUCCAGGUCGUGAACCCCUGGUUGUUGAAGGACCUCGUCGACAUGAGUCUCUGGUCUGAUGCCAUGAAGAACCGCAUCAUUGCCGAGAACGGUUCUAUCCAGAACAUCCCCAAUAUUCCCGAUGACAUCAAGCAGCUCUACAAGACCGUUUGGGAAAUCUCCCAGCGCACUGUCGUCCAGAUGGCUGCCGACCGUGGUGCCUUCAUCGAUCAGUCGCAAUCGCUCAACAUCCACAUGAAGGAUCCCACCAUGGGUAAGAUCACUAGCAUGCAUUUUGCAGGAUGGAAGCUCGGUCUCAAGACUGGCAUGUACUAUCUGCGUACGCAGGCUGCCGCGGCACCCAUUCAGUUCACAGUCGAUCAGGCGGCACUGAAGGUUGAUGACACCAACGUCGCCCGGGACCGCCCCAUGAAGAAGCGUGCCCCUCCCUCUGGAUCUAGCUUCAUGUCCUCGGUGUCAGCUGUUCCUCGUGCUAGCAUUUCUAAGGAAGGCUCUGCCAAUGGCUUGACCGCUUCAAAUGGGAUCCCUACGCCGAGCACAACGCCGCCGCCCGCUCUGGGUGCCGCCACCACAUCGCGUGUUGCUGCGUCGCCCAACAAGUCUGCUGCUAUGAAGGCAGACGUUGCUGAGGGUGACAGUCCACGCGCGCUGCCCACCGAACCUGUCGAGAAGGUUGAGGAUGAGGAGCUGCGAGACCCCCAAGCAAAGAGCAACCAAGACGAGGAUAAGACCGGCGACAAUGAGGACCGCGAGCGAGAUAUCUACUCUGACGCCGCUCUGGCCUGUAGCAUUGAGAAUCCUGAGUCAUGCGUGAUGUGCAGUGGUUGA